CUUUUGUUUAUAUUAUAUGCACCACCACACAUCUCUCUCUAUGGUUUUGUGAAGCUGAGAAAGUGCCUUCUCUUUCAAAGAAGAUAUAUUUCAUAUCCCCACUUUGCACCUCUUCAAUUAAUCACCUUAACUGAUUAAUAUUCUAGCUGAUCCUCUUUUUUUUUUUGUUUUUUUGCUUUAGGGAUUUCUCUUUAUAUAUAUCAAAUUUCAAUCUAUAGUGGAGGAAUAAAUAUACACCCCCUCCCCCCACAAAUUCUGAAUUCUCCUUCUUGGUCUCUUAGGUUGAGAGUGGUUUUCUUUUCUUGUCUUGUUCCCUUUCAUUUCAAGGUUGUUAUAGCAUAUAGCAUACUAUAUACUAUAGCUUGAAUUGAAAUCAUUUCUGGGAAUAUAGUAGCUAACUAAAGAAAAAAAAAUGCCCCAGAAUAAGAUUUUCCAAGACCAACAACAAUCAUCGAAUCCGAUUCCUGAUCUUUCCCUUCACAUUAGCCUCCCAAACAGUGCUCCUUCUUCAAUUUGCAGUGAAGGGGAUUCACCCUUUGAUGCUGAAGGCCUCAAAUCACACAGUGAUGGUUCAAUCAAAGGUAGUAGUAGCCCUUAUUAUCACAUAGACACACAACUUUCCUUAGCCAACCACACAAGUACUAUUUCUACUCCCUCUGAGGCUGAAAGCACCUGGAGGAAGAGAAACUUUGUUAGGCUUUGUCAUGGGGUUUCUCAUGAGGGUCAAAUAAGACUCAUCAAUGGAAUCCCUCUCUACAGUAACCUUUCUUCUUUGGAUAACACUAGUAGCACUAUUAAUAUUCCCUCAAUAGAGAGAAACCAAUUACCCACCAACAAGUUUUCCUUUUCUUCUCUAUAUGCACUUCCACACCCUCCUUCAGCUCCUAAUUAUGGUAAUAAUAAUGGUGUUGUUUUUGGGGGUGUAGCAGUAGAACCAAUCUCAAGGUUUCGUGAGAUGACCAUGGAGAGUGCUCUAAGACCCCAACAAGUUCCGUACUUUGAUUACCCACACCAGCAGCAGCAUCAGUUUGGGAGUAGUAAUAUUGGAGCUUCUGAUUUUUCGAAUGGAUUUGUGAGGUCGAGAAUGUUUUCAAGGCAGCAAAGUAAUAAGAGGAACAUGAGGGCUCCAAGAAUGCGUUGGACUAGUUCUCUUCACAAUCGCUUUCUUCAUGCUGUUGAGCUACUUGGUGGCCAUGAAAGGGCUACUCCUAAGUCAGUUUUGGAGCUCAUGGAUGUCAAAGAUCUAACACUAGCUCAUGUCAAGAGUCAUUUGCAGAUGUAUCGGACUGUUAAGAACACUGACAAACCUGCAGCUUCUUCAGAUGGGGAUGAGGAUUUCAUGUCCCUAACAGUACCAAAUGAUCAAAAUAAGAAUUUUUUACCCAAUCAGAGAGGAACUCCAAAUGCAUCUAUAGAUAAUGAUAUGGGCUACACUUCCAGCAAUCUAUGGGUUAAUUCUUCUUCCAGUAGAGGAGCACGGAUUCAAGCUAAUUCUCGAGAUUUGGAUGAGCUUAGUCCACAAGAAAUCCUAUCAUCUCAGCAUACUGGGAAACUUUCUGAGGGUAGCAACUACAUACAAACAAGAAGCUUCGACAUGGAUCAAAAUCCAAGCUUGGAGUUCACCUUAGGGAGAUCAAAUUGGCACAACAAUGAACAUGCCUAAUUUUAAUUGGUUUACAUAUGAUCACUUUAUUGCUAGCCAAAAUAGAAAAGAUUAAUAUGCACAGGUAUAUAAAUUAAUAUAUAGGUAGUUCUUUUGUCAAGACAAAGAUGUCUGCACUUUCCACAAAUCUAAAAGCAUCUCUGUAUAUUCUUUUUGGGCCAAAGCUUAUUAGGUUGUGUUAGUCAUUAUAUAAAUGUUAUAGUUAAAAGUAAAAGUUGAAGAAAGAAAGGAAUCAGAUGUAUAAUAAGGCCUUUGUUCCCUCUUUUUUUUUUUUUUUUCUUUCUUUUUCUCUCCUUUUCUCUAGAGGUUCCUACAUAUUUGUCCAUAUACAACUUUUUUUAGGCUCAUUUUGAUUCCUGAGUGAUCAUCAGUGUGUGUGAAAGCUUGAUAGCUGUUAUCUAUCAUUUGUAUACUUUUGUUCCUUGAUUUUAUCCUUGACUUGUGCACAAGGGGAUAUCAUCAAAGCUAAAAAGCAGUGAUGGGUGUGAAAGAUUUGAAGAAUAUAUUAGUGAGUUUUCUUU